AUGCGUCAAGGAGCCUGGGGCAAGGACCAGUUUAGUCAUGUUACACAAAUAAUUAAUGGCUUAGACAGGGCCAAGACAGGGCCAAGAGUCCAAGACAACGCAGAAUGGUGGGAGCCAAGCAAUCUAUCCCAGUAA